UUUCAUACGAACGCCUGAGAAAAUAUGGUAUCUCUAUUGAUACCGAUGAUUUGUUUUUGUAUAGUUUAUUAGCUUGGUUUGCUAAAUUGAAUAUUUUUAUCAAACACUGAUUCGUUCAGUGGGCCAAUUUGCUGUCGUUUUUCCAUCAAAACAAAAGGGAGGAGUUUACAUCGUAAGACAGGAUAUUAAAACAAAGAAAAUAUAGUUUGAAUUGUGAGAACUGAUCGGCUGACAUAAUGAGUUCUUACAAGUUACACGUCAACAACCUACCCAGCGAAAUUCUGCAACAUAUUUUCUCUUUUCGGCCGCAGCUGGAAAAUCGAAAACUGCUAUCAUUAGUAUGUCGACGGUGGAAUGAUCUUGUUUUUGACUUUAGCUAUUUGGGUCGCAUUAAACUAAACUGCAUACUUGAUAUGGAGAGCGUGAAGAAACAACAAAAAAUUUUUCGACGCUAUCGUAACAUUCGCCUGCGGUGUAUUCUAAAUUGCAAUUUGGAUGAAGCGGAAACCGAAAAAAUAGUGGCUUUAUUUGAGAAACCUAGCUCGUCCCUGGAAGAAUUUGAAUAUAAUGAAGCGUCACAUGUCUCUUUGGUACUAAGACUUCUUUCCAUAUGCCCGUACGUUAAGAAGCUUCACCUUAACUCUGUCCGGAACAUAUCGAAUGAUAAUCUACCGGUCCUACAAAAUUUGGAGGAAUUAGUAAUCCCAACCAUGUCAAGGUGUGACAUUAUUCACAUAGCGCCGAAUCUACGUAAGCUUGAAACCAGGGGUGAACUAUAUGAUCUACCGCUGGCAAUUCAGAAAUUACCGCUGGAGCAACUGAAAGUGAAUUGUACCUUCGUCCGUGACCUUGACCCUGAUUUAUUCCAAAAAUGUUCAAAGGUAACCAAGCUUAAAGCUAUUGCACUGUUUGGAGAGUGUAUCAGUCCAAAAAGCUUUGAACAUAUGUGUAGAAUCUGUCCAUUGUUGACCAAAUUACGGAUUUCUAUACCAUCAAAGACUAAAUUACAAUGUUUGACUAGUCUGUCGCAUCUUAAGCACAUUUCUUUACUCGCAGUUAACUAUAAAUUGCUUGCAAACAGCGACGUUUGUUUGCCCUCCGUUGAAAUAGUCGAAUUAACUGUAGCUUCGGAUUGGCGUUUCAGCCAAUCUAUUCAUCAAACCUUCCGUAAUGUUCAUUAUUUAAAAAUAUUCCUAGCAAUGACGGAAUCAGAAAAGGAAUUCAUGGAUGAAAUUGGAGAAACUAGCGAUAGUUUUCCACAUCUCAAAACAUUCGAGCUAUACUAUUUAUCACGGAGAGAAAAUUACUCGUUUGCAGUUAAACUGUUUGAAGGGUUAUCCGAUUUACGUGAACUUAUCAUGAAUAAUAUUCGACUACAAGGCAGCUACUUUCCGCCCAUGAAUAUACAACAGCUGACGUUGAAAGAAUGUGAAUUAGUAGUGACUGACGAGAUGGUAAAUAAUCUACCAAAUUUGCAAUUUUUGAAUCUACACAGCAAAUUACGGUUAAUAAAUGCCGAAAAGCUGCCGUCAAGUUGUACGGUUAGGCGAUAUCCCCGGAAAAAUAACGAUUUAUUCGAUAGAUUUCGCAUUUAAUUAAACAAAAAAUAAUUUAGUUUAGAGGAAUAAAUAAUAUUUCGUUCGUGUUUACCCAGUUGUGUUUUUAUUGUAGAGGAACUGUGGGUAAGACGAACAGGUUAAGAACAUCUAAUAUAAUACAGAGAACUUAUAAUUUUUAAAACCUAAAUGCAGUUUACUUCAGUUCAAUUGUCAUUGGGUGAUUGUUUUCAAAAGCAGCUAGUGGAAUAUUUAACAAAAAAUGUUUUUUAAAGUGUAUUUAGGGUAUUGCAAAUGGUCCGAAAAAGUGAACUUUUUUAGUGCUGCGGGUGAAACGGACAAUGUGUGGGGUAUUGGAUGGACAGGUAUUGUAAAUCGCCCCGACUGAGAGCAUAUUAUUCGCCUUUAUUCUACAUACCGAUCGGAGCCGGAUCCGAUCAGAAAUUGCGCUUCGAUCGGAAUACAACGUAUGUUAUAACACACGUCGUUCGGGACGUUUCUGAUCGAAACGGGCCCGAUGGGGAGGUAGAAUCGAGACGAUUAUUUUUGACCCUUAGGAAAUUAAAUAAGUAAAAUAUGGUGGUGCAGCGUGCAAAAAGUGAAGGGGAGCAAUCCUCCCCCUCCCACCAGGGCCAGCCGAUCGAAAAUUGUUUGGCAGCGGCAAUAUGAACAAGCAUUCCAAAGGCUAUUUCAUGCCUAGCCGCUAAUAAUUUGUUUAAAAUCCACGUUAACGUUGUUGGUUAAACUUUUAUUUAUACACACGAGAUAUUAUUAAGAAGCAAAAUCAACAAUUUUAUUAUAAUAGGGUGAUUGAUCGUGGUUCGGCCUAUUCUCAUUGCUUCACAUAGCACCCAUGGACUAAUGCACGUAUAUCUACAAAAUCACAAUGUUUUUCGAAAAAAAAUUAGAAUGUUUGGGAAGAAUAACUAAAGACGAUUCUAUUUCUUGAUUUAGAAGAUACUUUAGAAGACCAGUUGAUUUAGAAUUUGAUUUUUAAUGACAGUCAAAUUAUGAUCCUGGUUCGGCCUAUUUUGAUCGUGGUUCGGCCCAUCGAUGAUCUUGGUUCGGCCUAUUGCGAUAUAAAGUUUCCAAAACAAAUGUUAUUAUAUAUUAAUUAAUCAGAAAUGGUAAAAGCCUAUUUUUGGUGCCUAAUAUAGUAUCUUACUUCAAUUUAUCUACCUAGCAGUGUUAAAUAAGCUUGUACAUGGUCAAUAUUCUAACUAUUUCGGGUUAUAUAAAUUUAGACAAUUUUUUACUUUCUUCGGAAGCAUUACAAAUAGUACAGAUGUAUUUUUGUUGCUAAAUAUAGUAUCUUUUUUCACUUUAUCUACCUAGCAGUGUUAAAUAAGCUUGUACAUAGACAAUAAUGUGGUUAUUUCAUAUAAGAUUAAUUUAGAUAUAGUUUUUAACUUUCUCCUCCCAGUUGACCUCAAGGUACAACGCUCAUCUAACAAUCCAGGCGUUGUAUGUCGUAAUUUCGACUGGAAGAGGCUGUAAAACUCAAUAGAUCGAAGCACUAGCCUCGCAAUUGUCCUGUAUUCUAACAGAUAGGGUAAGAACCCCACAAUUCGCCCCCACCCCAGAAUUCGCCCUCCCAUUGGUAUUCCCGUGAUUUAACUCAAUAUAUAUUUGAAUUAUAAGUUGUUAGUUUAAUUUAUAUUCAAUUUAACUCAGUUUUCAGUUAUUUGAAUAGAAUUCGUUGUGUUGUUUUAUGUAUUUUAAUGAUUUAAUGUGGUUUGAAAAAUAGGUAUUGUAUUUAAGACGCGAUUUUUCCAUUCUCAAGAACGAGCACGAAAAAUAAAAUUGAGGAAAAGUAAUGGAAAAUCGUAUCUCUCUGCACUUUUUUCGCAUCAAUUUGGUAAUAUCUGUUUCAAAUUUCAUAAUUGUGCUUUUGUUUUAAUAUUUUAUCGCAAUUCUGUUGAAAAUAGAACAUAAAUGCACUGGGCGAAAACUGGGUAUUGUAAAUCAUAUGAGUUCCAAAAUUCGCCCGGGUCGAAUCUGUAUAUACUUAACCGAACUUACUGCGUGAACCAGUUUUCGCCCUCAUCUAUCAAAUACAUGCAAAUAUGCCACACAUAAGCAAAAGCAAGUCACAAUCGAUUAGUUUGUUCGCUGAUUUAUGUUUAUCAAAAUGGUGAGUAAAAGUAUCAAAUAAAUAAUAUUUUGAUGCAGAAAGCACAUCAUAUCUUCAUUUGAAUUCAUCUAACAAAAGAAUUACCUGCUAAACAUGGGCUAAGGGGCUUCUACCAAACGAAAUGUUGAAUUAGCAAUAAUCGACAUCGAAAUUGAUAAUAAGAUUAAAACUGCACGAAUUAGUAAGACGCGCAUAAUAUUCUCAAAAAUCACAAUUUUUCUUGUCAUGAGAAUAAAUCUGACUAUUGGAAAAUCACACGAAAAAUCCGUUUACUAUUUUAUAGCAUCUAAGCGCAAUAAAAUUGUUGUCAUGGAUAAAACUUUGAAAAGUAUUUAAUGUGCAAUGCAGACAACAAAGAAAUAAUCGCGGUGAUAAAAUAGAAUAUUUCGAUAAUAUCAUGAAAACUCUAAUAUCUUAGCAUUACAAACCCGGUCUAACAAAAGAAGAAUUCCAAGUUAUGUCAAAAAAUAUCCUAGUUGAGUAGGUAAGAUGGGUAUGCUUUGCAGUUACCAGAAAUAUUUAAUAAGGUAAACCAGCAUACCCAUUUACAGACAGUGAUUUACUAAACAAUUUUUUUUCUUCAUCUUUUUAUUGACUAUAUAGCAGUUAAGCUUAGUUAUUUCUUGGGGAAGAGGUUAGGUUGUGGACUCGAGUCUCACCUUCGAUUAGUUAAUAUAUAUAGCCGAAUAUCAAGAUUUUCCAGUUCAUCUAAUUUUUUAUUGUUCACAGUAAACAUUUACUCUUUCCCAAAAAAUUACUAAACAAUGAUAUAAGUAAUCAUUAAGGUUAUUUAAACUAUUAAAAUAAACAUUGUACCAUUCUGUAGGCACUGAAUUGUAUUUAUUCGCCCACAAAUCAAUAGUGAAAAUGAAUUCAACAAAGGACCAGAAAAAGCACCAACAGGACCAUUCAUUUUAAAUAUCUUUGACGAGUGUCAAAAGCCUUAUUUUACUGCAAUAAAAAUAAACAUUUAGUAAAAACCCACCUUCUCUGUGUUUUUUAGUUUUACUGAAUCAGGUAUCAGGAGGUGAUCAUGAUCAGUUUAUUUAAAUUUAGAUUUACAUUUAACGAAUUCCUGAUACAAAUUGAUUGCCAUAUUAAUCACUGAAUAGACAUAAUCUUAACGUUAAAUAAUAGUAACAACAAUUCUAAUAAAAUAAUUGAGGUUAUUUGGGAAAUUUGCAACAAAUAACAAGUGGGCGAAAUUUGGGUCACAUGGGGGACGAAUUUUGGAUCGCUAUGGGCGAAAUGUGGUACUAGAGGUUCCUGCUCAAAAUUGGGUCUUUGGCUAUCAAAUUUCAAUUUUCGCGAUUCCGAAUAGCCAAAAUAGAUAGAAUAUUAAUAUAUAGUCAUACUUGUCUGAGUUCAGGGCUGAUUUUAUAAUAAUAUGGCGAUUUAUUCAUUUUACAGCAUAAAAACCUGAUAAAAGGGGCGAAUUCUGGGGUCGUUACCCUACCUUUGAAAAAAGACAGAAUUUACAUUUAAUUUCAGAAUAUUGUCCAAUACAUCACUGAAAAUAGCUACUUUUAAAAUCACAACUAUGUUAACAAAUAACCGGUUAUACACCGACGUUAGUCGUUGGUUUUUACCUAAUUCCUAAUUCCUAUCGUUAAAAGAAUAGAAAUUGGCGGACCGACAUACCCUAAAAAACAUUCAAGAGGUAAAGCAUACUUUUAUUAAAAAUUAUUUACGAGCGUCUUAGAAGAACUCACGAAAUAUCGCGAACUAAUUGGAAACGAAUUCCUUUUAGUUCUACUAUAAUUUCUGCAGAAAUUUGCCACGCUGAUGAAGGUUGCAAGUCGUAACCGAAAAACGCGUAUAAGUGACGUAAGUCAAAUUGGUAGAACUGAAAGGAAUUUAUUUCCAAUUAAUUCGUAAGGUACUACUUUUAUUGAUUUUUCGUUAUAGUUCCCACAAUCAUGAAAUUUUUGUGGAACCUUUUUUUCCAGAUAGUAUUUUUCUGGAUUGGUGAAUUUUUAAAUAUUGUUUCAUGCACAAGCCCUGAAACCGCGUAUAAGGUUGCAUAAAAUUCUGAAACAUUACAACCCAGUUUGUACGCUUCUUUGGUAAAAAAUACCCUCAUAUUUAUUGUUAAAAGAAAAACUCAAUUUUAGGAAGAUAAUAAUUUUGUUUCUGAAAUGCAUGAAAUAAUAAAAUAUGGAAUAAAACACAACAUUUAGAUUUAACACAAGUGGUACGUGCAGCCAGAAAUUGGUUAAAACGUGGGCGAAGCGCGGCGCCACUAGCGGUGAUUUAGUGAAGCUGAUAGGCCGAACCACGAUCAUUUGUAGGCCGAACUAAGAUCAAAAAAUUAAUGUCGUAUUUUCUCAAUAAGUCGUAAUCUCGCUUUUUGUUUGGAAUAUAACGUUCCAAUAAUGGAAGAAUAUAGAUGAAUCUAUGUUUUAAAAUUGUUUUCAACCUAUACUUCACAGACUAAAACACUUUCUAGAUGUUUAAAAAGACAGCUGUGAUGGCGACAUUGGAAGCCGCUUUUACAUUUGUUAUAAAUGUAAUUAUUUGAGCUAUCUACAUUAAUGUUUAUGGCAAAUAAAUGAAGGCAAUGCAUAGGAAAACAUUAUAAGCUGUUUAUAAAAUUAUGUUACCUUUAAAUCUGUAAAUAUUCAAUGAAUUAUCGAUGAUUAAGCUGAAGGGCCGAACCAGGAUCAGUUUUUGCAUAGGCCGAACCACGAUCAAUAUCUCUACUUAACUGACCCGACAAACUUCGUAGUAUUGCCACAAAUUAAACCGUUUUGUACAUAAAUCGUAAAUCUCGCUCGAAUGACUUUCGUCACAAUCUCAUGUUUUGCAAGUUGCUAGGGAGUUCAUGGGUGUUUUAAUCAGAGAUGCCAUUCGCUAUGUAAGCACAAAUCGAUCUCUUGUACUCUCAUGGAACUGCCAUAUGGAAAGUUUGUGAAGAUUUGGUGCAAAGUUUUGUCUAUCCUUUUUACUCUUUAACAAACCUGUGCACAGACUUCACAAAUAGAACAAACUUGGGAAGGUGGCAGCACCGUUUCGCGCACAUAGCGAAUACAGUAGAGAUUUCUAUAACGCGGAUUUGUAGAACGCGGAUUUCUAUAGCGCGGGUACCAUGAUAUUUCUAUAACGCGGUUUUCCGCGUAUAACAAAUACACGUAGCAUAUGGAUAUUGAGUUAAUUGGGGCUAAACUCGAAUUUUGAGCGUUUUUGAACAGAUAUGACCAUGGUGUCUUUUAAGAAGUUGUAGGGCAUAUAACAGUUGACUCUCUAAGUGAUAUACGGAAACCACAAAGUUACGGGUUGGCCUGCUGGAGAUUCCGGAAUAUCCGUUGAAAUUAUCUUAUUGGUAAAGUUGGUUAAAAUUGGUAAAAUAUUUUUGAAGUAACUAAAGUCGGGUAAUUGAUACGAAUUAAAAACAAAGUAAUAAAUAAGCGACCUUAGAAAGCCAUAAGGUGGUCCUCCGAAAAAUUCAGAACAUAUCGUGAAUAUUUCGAGUGUAAUUUGACUACACUAGAAGUAUAUUUCGACUAUUUGUGACUCAAUUUGGCCAUUGGAUGGUUUACCGGGAAAAAAUUCAAAGCUUACCUGAAAUUGGUCACUGGAAAUGCAAAUUUUUUUAAUUUGUAACAGAUCAAAAUGAAAUGGAAUAUCAGCAAUCCUCAACUAAAUAGGCCGCUCACGACACGACUCGACAUAGCUGCCAAAACGUUCACUGGAAAAUUAGGAUUUGCCGUCAAAGUGAACAAUAAGUGAAAAUUCAUGUUGAAGUCCGGGCUACAAUUUGAAAAAGGUUUGUUAUAAAAUGUUCGCUGACAAAUAAACGAGGUUAUUUCGUCAGUUUGUUGAAAUUUCUAAUUUUGCUAGUGUAAUUUGAUAGAUGUGGUAUAGUAAACUGAACUUCCGGUAACAUUUACUAUACUUACAAAUCUAAUAGCAAAUAUAUCAACUUUUGUAUAAACUCUUCACCAAGUAUUGUGCAUUUCUGGGAAAAUUUUAACAGAAAUCUAACCAUCGUAGUUAGCCAUGGCCAUUCCGAAAUCCGCGUUGACGGUAUCUAAUAUUUUUAUGGAUUUUGCCUGAGAAAAAGUGAGAGAGAAGUGUUAUUGCUUUUGUUUUCACCUUUUCCUGGACAAUUCAGAAUGGGGCUUCUUGUAAGAGCGAACAGGCUACGAAAACUUUGUUGCUUUCGUCAACGCGAUGAAUUUAUAUUCCCAUUUCAUAUUGUUCAAUUCGAGGUUGGAUAAACAUAAUUCCGAACUCAAAGAACAAUUUCGCUCGUUGACCACUUUUACGGAUGUUCCGUAUUUGUCGGAGAAUCGCAUGUUGGCUUUCCCGCAUAAUCAAAAACUAUUAA